GCCUCUUCGCCCAGUUCGGGCCCAACGCCGGCCAGGGCACCCGGCCCGCCGCGGCCGCCGCCCAGGCGGGCCCAGCGGGCCCGGUCCCCGCGGUCCCUGGAGCGGCCCCUGGCGGCGCUCCUGGUGCAGAGGCUCCCGGCGGCGCCCCCGGCGCGGCGACCCCUGGCGGCGCCCCUGGCCCCUUCGGAGACGCGGCGCACCCUGCGUUUGGAGGCAUCGGCGCUGCCCUGGCGCAGCACACGGCGGCCGCCAUGCAGCAGGUUCUGGAACAACUUCUCCAGCAUCAGCCCGCGGUGGCAGGGGCGGCACCACAGUGGCCACCCACGACGGACGUUGCCGCCGUGCGGACGACGCCCGUGCCGCAGGGCGCGCCCCCCGCGCCCUUGGGCGCCGCGGCGCCGCCGCCGCCGGCGCCGCUGCCGCACGUCGUGCGCCCGCCGGGCUUCCUGCCGCCGCUGAUGCCCCCGCUGAACAUCCCCAGCACGGUGCGGCUGCAGGUGGUGCGCAAGCUGGACUUUCGCUUGGGGCCGAAGGAAACGGCAGCGAGGGCUUCCUGA